CAGAAGGCAAAAGCCAUUCCCAAUUCCUUUCUCUCUCUCUCUCUCUCUCUCUCUCUCUGUGUGUUAACAUGGAUUUCUUCAGCUCAUCAACAAAGUCCAUGAAAACACAGCUAGCCAUAGCAGACGCCGCCUCCUGGUACUGCGGAAUCGUCCUGCUCUGUCUCCUCCUGCUCUGCUCCGACAACUCCUCAGACGGCUCUGCCGCCGCCGACGGCGUUUCCGUACGAGGAAAUCAGCUGUCCAACAACCGGCCGUGCGACGAAAUCUAUGUGGUCGGAGAAGGCGAAACGCUCCACACCAUCAGCGAUAAGUGCGGCGAUCCUUACAUCGUGGAGCAGAACCCCCACAUCCAUGAUCCCGAUGAUGUCUUCCCCGGCCUUGUCAUCAAAAUUACUCCUCAUACUAGGUAGUUCAAAUUUUAGAACAAAAUUUCAUACUAGAAAAUAAUUUUCCUUUUUUAAAAAAAAAAAAUUUAAUUUUAGCUUCAAAACAAUCACACAUGUUAUAUAAAAGUUAAUUUCAGUUUUGAUCUUUUUAUAUUCGGUUUUUGAAUUUAAAGCUGGCCAAAUUUGAUUUCUAAAUAUUAAAAAUACGUCAAAUAUAGUCUUUGAUUAAGACUAUGAGUAACAUCAUAAACAAAUACAGUGCUUUUUAAUAAUCGAGAAUCAAAUUUGGUCGAUUUUAAAUUUAAUAUUUGAGAGAUGAAAAUUAGAAGUAUAUCUACUUUUGAUGUAACAUUUCACUUUUGUUUGCCUGUUUGUUUGGGGGAACUGUAUCAACCAAAGUAGAAUUUUAUGUACUGUUAAAAAGUAGAAAGUGGGAUUAAUUCUUAAAUUUUAAUUUAAGAAUUUGUUUCUACUUUUUAUUUUGUUAUUAGUAUUAUAUAUUGUACACAGAAAGGGAAGAAGUGAGGAAGACAUAUAGCAGGAUGAUGUUAUAGGUUGCUAAUUUAUUGAUCAUCAUGGUGAAUGAAGUAUAUAUAUACAGUUAAUAUCUCC